GAUCACCUCUCCCAUUGUCACCCUUGCUCUCAUCAGUUUUUCAUGUCUCCCGCGAUGACCAGGGAAGAGGAAGAACCACCGAAGGAGAGGGAAGAGUUGGUGAUCGUGAAUGAAGAUGACGACGACGAGCACGGUUCCAAGGAGAAGGUUCUUCAGAAAUACUUCCUCCAGGAGUGGAAACUGGUCAAGUCUCUUCUUGACGAAAUCGUUUCCAAUGGCCGCGUCUCAGAUCCCUCCUCUGUCCGCAAGAUCCGCUCCAUUUUGGACAAGUAUCAAGAACAGGGUCAACUAGUAGAGCCUUACUUGGAAAGCAUAGUUUCUCCUCUGAUGUUCAUUGUUUGCUCUAAAACAAUUGAGCUUGGGGUAGCAUCUGAUGAAAUCAUGGAUGUCAUCAAGCCUUUAUGCAUUCUAAUUUAUUCUCUGGUUACAGUUUGUGGAUACAAGGCUGUUAUCAAGUUUUUCCCACAUCAAGUUUCUGAUUUAGAACUUGCAGUAUCUCUCUUAGAGAAGUGCCAUGACACUAAUGCAGUGUCAUCUCUGCGACAAGAAAGUACAGGAGAGAUGGAAGCAAAAUGUGUGAUACUACUGUGGCUUUCUAUUCUUGUAUUGGUUCCAUUUGAUCUCUCUUCUGUGGAUUCUACCAUUGCCAACAGCAACAGUUUCAAUGAAUUUGAGCCAUCCCCACUGGUAUUGAGAAUAUUAGGGUUUUCUAAAGAUUACCUUUCAAGUGCAGGCCCUAUGCGCCCACUAGCUGCAUUGCUGUUGUCAAGAUUGUUAACACGUCCAGAUAUGCUAAAGGCUCUCAUCAGCUUCAUUGAAUGGGUACACGAGGUCCUAUCUUGUGUCACAUAUGAUUUCAUGGAUCACUUCCGAUUACUGGGUGUUGUGGAAGCACUGGCUGCCAUUUUCAAGGUUGGUAGUCAAAAAGGGUUGCUUGAUGUUGUUUCCAUUAUUUGGAAUGACACGUCGACAUUGAUAAAGUCUGGUACUGCAUCUCGAAGUUCUUUACUUCGAAAGUAUCUGUUGAAGUUAACACAACGGGUUGGGCUAGCCUGCCUCCCUCAUCGUUUGCCGUCCUGGCGCUAUAUGGGUAAAAUGAGCUCACUUGGAGAGAAUAUUUCACUAAAUGAAUGCAGCAAAAUUGGUCAAGGUACAAAUGUAGAGCUUUCCAAAGCAGAGAAGAGUCCAAGUUGCUUGCAAGAAGAGGAUAUGGAUGUUCCAGAAAUUAUAGAAGAAAUUAUUGAGCUGUUACUGUCAGGUUUGACAGAUGCGGAUACUGUUGUCCGUUGGACUGCUGCCAAGGGUAUUGGCCGCAUUACUUCUCGUUUGACAUCUGCCCUGUCAGAUGAAGUUUUGUCAUCUGUACUGGAGCUGUUUUCACAACAGAAGGGAGAUAGUUCAUGGCAUGGAGGUUGCUUAGCAUUGGCUGAACUUGCACGCAGGGGGUUGCUUUUACCUGUCAGUCUUCCCAAAGUUCUACCUGUUGUUAUAAAGGCUUUACAUUAUGAUAUCCGAAGGGGUCCUCAUAGUGUUGGAUCUCACGUUCGCGAUGCUGCUGCCUAUGUUUGUUGGGCAUUUGGUCGAGCAUAUUAUCACGAAGAUAUGAAAAUGAUACUAGAGCAACUUUCUCCACACCUUUUAACAGUGGCCUGCUAUGACCGUGAGGUCAACUGCAGAAGAGCAGCAGCAGCUGCUUUUCAGGAGAAUGUUGGAAGACAAGGGAACUACACACAUGGCAUUGACAUCGUAAAUACUGCGGAUUAUUUUUCACUUUCCUCACGAGUAAACUCCUAUCUUCAUGUUGCAGUGUGCAUUGCUCAAUAUAAGGGGUACCUCCAUCCAUUUGUUGAUGAACUGCUAUAUAACAAGAUCUGUCAUUGGGAUAAAGGCUUGAGAGAACUUGCAGCGCUGGCACUUUCUGCUCUUGUCAAAUAUGAUUCUGAUUAUUUUGCAAAUUUUGUGCUUGGGAACUUAAUUCCAUCUACUCUCUCACCGGAUUUAUGCACGCGUCAUGGUGCAACAUUAGCGGCUGGGGAACUUAUUUUGGCUUUGCAUCAAUGUGGUUCUGUUCUUUCCAGUGACAAGCAAAAAGCUGUUGCUGGUGUAGUUCCUGCUAUUGAAAAAGCACGUCUUUAUCGUGGGAAGGGUGGAGAGCUAAUGCGUGCUGCUGUUUCUCGUUUUAUUGAAUGUAUCUCGUUAAUUCAGGUGGUUUUGCCAGAAAAGAUAAAAUGCCGUUUGCUUGAUGCUCUUAAUGAAAAUUUGAGACAUCCUAACUCUCAGAUACAGAAUGCUGCCGUCAAGGCCCUAAAGCACUUUGUUCCAGCAUACCUUCUCACAGCAUGCCAAGAAGGUUCUGGUGAUAUAACAUUGAAGUAUCUGGAAUGGUUGGAUGAUCCCAACAUGGCUGUAAGAAGAGGAUCUGCAUUAGCAAUAGGUGUUUUGCCUUACGAAUUUCUGGAAAAAAGAUGGAGGGUGGUGCUAUUGCGGCUUUGUAGAUCCUGUGCAAUUGAGGAUAUCCCUGAAGAUAGAGAUGCAGAAGCACGAGUAAAUGCUGUUAAAGGACUUGUAUCGGUGUGCGAAACAUUAACUGAAGCAAAAGAACAUUCUGAUUUCCUUCCUAUGGAGGAUGACAUGUCGCUGUUUCUUUUGAUCAAGAAUGAAGUGAUGAUGAGUUUAUUUAAAGCUCUUGAUGACUAUUCUGUAGAUAACAGAGGUGAUGUGGGUUCUUGGGUUCGUGAAGCUGCCAUUGAUGGCCUUGAGAGAUGUACAUAUAUGCUCUGUAAGAAAGAUACAAUGAUUUUCCAAAGUAAACAGUAUGGAGUUGAAUCGAGUUUGGAGAAGCCUAAUAGUGAAGUGGUUGAGAAUAGGCAGACGCGAUCCCUUUUUGAUGUGAAUCUUGCCAACUGUGUAGUUGGGGGCAUUGUUAAGCUGGCUGUAGAAAAGAUAGACAAAUUAAGAGAAACAGCUGCAAAGACUCUCCAGAGGAUUUUGUAUCAUGAUAAUUUCUUUGUCCCAUUCAUACCUUUUAGGGAAAAACUAGAAGAAAUUGUUCCUAAAUCGGUGGAUUCAAAGUGGGGGGUACCGACCUUCUCAUAUCCACGUUUUGUGGAGUUACUUCAGUUUAGCUGUUACAGUAGAUAUCUUGUGUCUGGCUUAGUUAUUUCAAUUGGUGGGUUGCAAGACUUUUUGAGGAAGGUGUCAGUAUCGGCAUUGCAGGAGUAUCUUCAAGCUACGGAAACUGAGGACUGCAAUGAAAAAAUCUCUAAGCAAUCUAGGCUAUGUGCUGAUAUCCUUUGGAUUCUCCAACAGUACAAGAGAUGUGACAGGAUCAUUAUACCCACUCUGAAGACAAUUGAGAUUCUUUUCAGCAAAAAGAUGUUGAAUGUGGAGGUUCCUGUGCCAAGUUUCUGCACUGGUGUUUUGGAUUCUUUGGCAAUUGAGUUAAAAGGGUCAAAGGAUUUUUCCAAAUUGUAUGCAGGCAUUGCAAUACUUGGAUACAUUGCUUCAGUUUCAGACACCAUUAACACCAAGGCCUUCUCUCAGCUUCUCAAUUUCCUUGCUCAUCGUUACCCCAAGAUUCGGAAGGCUUCUUCUGAACAAGUUUACCUUGUCCUCCUACAAAAUGCAAAUCUCAUGGCAGGAGAUAAUAUAGAGGAAGCACUUGAAAUUGUAUCUGAAACCUGUUGGGAAGGUGACAUAGAAGUGGCAAAGCACCGGAGAUUACAAUUGUGUGAUAUGGCUGGAAUUGAAACAGGACGACUUUCCAAAACUUACCAGCAUACAUCUAGCAAUGGUGAACAGAGGUCAAGUACCACUGAUGAAAAUGCAUCAUACUCCUCGUUAGUCGGCUCAACUGGGUUUUAACAAUGAUGCAUCAAAUGCCGUCAUUAUGUUGUAUGUUGUGUCAAAAUAUUCCCCUUGGUGGUAUCUGAUUUUGUUGAAGCAAAUUGGCCAUUUUCUAUUUGUUCAAAUAUCCCAUUGCUGUCUUGAAUGCAGCUGCUUGUUUGUCCACGUUUGUAAAUACCCCGGUAUCCUCCAGUGUUUGGAAUUCGCCUUCUUCCCUGGAACCAAUUUAGCUAAUGAAGGCAUAUGAAUUUUUAGACCAAACGGUGGCUAUCGAUUGUGGCCUUCUGAAGUUGUAAAUGGAAUUCACCAA